GUGGAAGAAAUGAGGAGAACACAAAAGACACUCGAGGAAAAGUCAUCAGAGGACAUUUUAUCAGAGGAAAGGCUGGGAGAUGGUUUUUAUACAGAGGGGGAAGUUUUGGUGAAAUUCAGAAAGGAUGUGGAGAGGGUUCCACAUAGAGUCAGACAAAUGGAGAAGCCCCAAGAAGAAGAAGAAGAAGAAGAGGUAGUGGAAGUGAAUAUGCAGCCAUCCCAGCCAGAAGACAAGGACGAUUGGGUUGUGCUGCUGGACAGCCUCCCACACAAGACUCUUUAUAAGCCUCCAGUCAUGCCAGUCGACACCGCUCUGGUGCCUGUGGUCUCCACAAGAUUCUCUUUGGUGUUAGUAGACACGGUCGAGCAGAGAGCACCAGAGAGGGAAUGCAUAGAAGUGGAGGCCACACAGCAACAUCCUGAAAGGGGAUUGGUGGAAGGACGGAGACCGUGGCAAAUGCAGGAAGAUGAUUGGUUUAUGCUCUUGGACCUGGCUGAUCGUGUUUCUUCAGGUGUACCAACCACACCAGUUUCAGGCUUUGAACUUCAUAUCUCUCACGGAGCAAGAGCAAGUUCAGGUGUACGUAGAGGAAACCAUCUCUUCCAUGGUUAAAGUGAUGACAGUAGUGCAGAGAGAGGAGACCAGGGUGACUGUAGUGGAGGAGAUGGAGUUACAGGAAGACCAGAGCCAUCUGGAACAGAAACCGUCACAAUCACAGAGAGAGAUGGAAGAUGAGUGGUUUGUUCUGCUGGACAUUGUUCCCAGAGAACCAUCUGUGAUUCCGUCAGUAUCUGAGGAAUGUGUGUUUGUAUCAGCUUCUGUGGAAGAGCGUAUUCCGGUAUACCCCAAGGAAAGCAUCUCCUCUGUGGUUGAGUUGAUGACAGUAGAGCAGAGAGAGGAGAUAAGUGUGACUGUAAUGGAAGAGAAGCAAGGGGAGCGACGUCAAGAAGAAGUUAUUCUUCCACCACAGCCAUCAAGAGAGAUGGACGAUGACUGGUUUGUGCAACUGGAUGUCGUGCCCAGAGAACCAUCCUGUAUAGCACCAGUCGCUCCAGCAGAGCCAACACCGGUUUCUCCAGAUGUGAUCAGCCCUGUGGUUGAGGUAAAGGCUGAAAAGCAGAAGCCAGUGGUGGUCCUGGUGGAGGAGACGAGGCCACAACAGAAACGGGAAGUAGAGGAGUGGCAGCGACAACCAGAGGGAGAUGAUGAUUGGUUUACACUGUUUGCUGAUGUCCGUGAGGAGCCGAUCAUUGUACCACCAGUUGCUCUUGGUGAGCGUACUCCGGUAUAUCCAGAUUUAAGCCAGACCACCUCUGUGGUUGAUGUGACGACCAUAGAAAAAAUUAUGAAGAAGAGGGUGACUAUUGUUGAAGAGAGGUGGGGACAGCAAGAGGAGAUACUCCAGUCAGAGAUGAUCAUCUCAGAGCAGAGACCACCAGCAGAGAGAGAGGAGGGAGAUGGCUGGUUUGUUCUGUUGGAUGCCGUCCGUGAAGAACCUGCUGGGGUUCCACCAGUUUCUCUGGCUGUUAGCGAUAGGGUAUACCCAGAGGUUGUGCCAGCCAAACAUCUGACCAUUGAGCCUGAACCAAGAGUGUUUGUGGUGGAAGCAGUCAGAUCACUUUCUGAAGACGUUUCCCUGGAGGGUAAGGCAACACAACCACAGAGAGAGCUGGAUGAUGAUUGGUUUUUGCAGCUGGAUGUUGCCCCUAAAGUAGCAGCUGCACCAGUGGUGGUGAUUUACCCUGAUGUGAGCACCACAGCUAUUAUGGUGGUGAAGGAGACAGUGGAACAGAAACCACCAAAGACCGUGAGGAUCAUGGAAGAGACUGUUAAGAUGGAGGAGGGGCCUGUGGUAACACCUAAAGAAGUGGAUGAUGAUUGGUUUGUGCUUUGGGACCGCGCUCCCUCCAAGAUACUGACCACACCCAAGGCGUUUCACGUAGACAGAGAGGUUAUAGAGCUGGUACCCCGGAGAACAGUGGUUGUGGUGGAGGAAACUAGGAAACCACAUAGAGUGGUGGAGGGCAGACGUCAACCGGAGGUUGAACUGGUGAAAACACUGCCUCCCCAAGAGAGAGGGGAGGGUGAUGAUUGGUUCACGUUCUUUGAAGCCUCUCGUCAAGAGCCUGUGAAGAUGCCAACAGUUGCUGUGGUAACUAGACCUGCCCCUGUGGUUGACGUGAUGGUGACGAGCACAGAGCAGAGAACCCAGAAAAGGGUGACUGUAAUGGAGGAGAGGUGGAGAGAGGAGAGGACUCUGCAGCAGAGACUGCCUCAGAGACAGAGAGAGGUGGACGAUGACUGGUUUGUCCUGCUGGAUGCUGCCCCUAAAGAAUUAGUUGCUCUCCGUGAGCGUCUCCAGGACUAUACUGACAUUACUGUUGUCAAAGGUCCAGCCGCUCAGCCCAAACCCAGAGUGGUGGUUGCUGAGGAGAAGAGACCACUGUUUGAGAGGAGGGUUCUGGAGAAGAGACCAGCACAACCCCAAAGAGAUGUGGAUGACGAUUGGUUUGUGUUGCGGGAUAAAAAAUCGGGUGCAGUGGUGGCCACCCACAAGGCCGCCCGUCCGGUCAGCGCCCCAGUCUUCUCCCAGGCAGCCCUGAUGGAGGCAGGGAUCCCCAUGGCCCCCCUGGACCUCCAGCAGCCCCAGACCUCCACCCCCAUCAGGCUGCCAGCCCGCCAGGACGACAGGAAGCUAGAGGUCACCGUGGAGGCGGUGGACGAGGGCUCAGCCGAGGUCAAGUCUGAGCAGACGGACACUGAGGAGCCGGUGCAAAUGAGGAAGAAAAGAGCUAAGAGAACUGAGGGUGACUCAAUUUAUAUCAGACAUAGUCUUUUAAUGUUGGAGGACUUUGAUAAGCCCCAGGAGGAUCUCAUCAGGCAUCAUACUAGUAUCAGUGAGCUGAAGAGGAACUUCAUGGCGUCUGUCCCAGAGUCCCGGGGGCCCAGCGAAUGGGACAAGCGCCUGUCCACUCACUCCCCCCUCCGCAGCCUGGGCAUCAACGGACAGCCUUUGCUCGAUGCCGACGGGAGUGUGUGUAUUACUCCUAUAAGGGAAGAGUUGGACACUAAGGCAGCGCGACAACAGGACGAGUCCAGCAGCACUCCCCCUCUGGUGCAGACCCAGACAUUCACCAUCACAGACGUGUCCAAGUCCCUCCCUACUGACGUGUCUACUAAGGAUGUCCCUAUCGUUCAGACCCAGACGGUCACCUACGAGUCUGCAGAGGUGUCAGUUGACGGGACAGACGGGGGGAAAGAGGCCACAGCACUGAGCAGCAUCCAGACCAUUCCCUCAGAGAGCAGCAGGGAAACCAGUGGCACCUCUGUUACUACCACCACCACUCGCAUCUCCAAGGUGGUGAAAGGAGGAGUGUCAGAGACCAGAGUGGAGAAGAGGAUCGUCAUCACUGCUGACUCAGAGGAUGUCCAGGGAAGCGACGGUGGAGCAACAGCAAUGUGAUUCAGCUGAGCACAGUCAGGGAGCAGCCCUAUGGAUCUGAUGCUCAAGACACCAAAGGACUAACCUCCCUGUCCCAGAGCCACCCCCACCUCCUCAACCCACACUGACAUUGUGUCCUGACUGGUCCCCUCCAGAACCACCGUGGUUGCAUCUCCAAAUGGCACUACUUUUGACCAGAGACCUGGUUAAAAGUAGUGCACUAUAAAGGGAAUAUGGUGCCAUUUGGGAUGCACCCUGGUGUGUCCCUGCCCAGUGGGAUAUGAACAGGCCAGGGAGAAAGCCUAUUGUGUCCUCUCUUUCCAUACUGCUGUUCUGACUGUAUGGUGGCUUCAUGUUGGUCUAUUCCACUCAAACCUCAUAUUUCGCCCAAAUUACUAUUUUUUUGUUUUAUUGUAGUAGGAAAGAUGAACCUUUUCAGUUCUAAGAGCAUUUAGGUCAUUUGCUUUUAAAUGUUUAUUUACAACAUAUUUUUCUGUCGUUUGUAUUGCUACUACUGUAUCAUUGAGUUUAAGUGUGGACUCAGCGAUAUGACGGAGAUGCAGAAAGUAAACAGCGUAGUGGGUCAAUUUCAGCAAAACAACUAAGAGCGUUGAAGUGAGAGGCUCAACUUCUCCGCUGUUUUGGUGCCAUGGUUCCAACGCUGUGAAAAGAGUGAAGCGAACCCGUGCACAUGCGCAGAUACUGUGUGAGAGCAAAGUCUUGCAUCUCGCUCAUCUCAACAUCUGCAGGUGCUGGUCGAGGCAACGGCAUUUUACUGAGUCUCCCUUUAACAUGCUCAUUUUGAUAGAAAUGCACUGUUUUCAACUGAGCUUUAAGUAAUAACAUUAUCAGACUUUUUCAAUCAGAUUAAGAUGCUGGACAGAAACUAGAUGUAUUUUUGGAAAGGGAUAACUCCUUUGAGUUUGUUUACAUUUAUAAUUGAGGAAUAUUAUUUUUUUAUUGAAUAUUCAAAUUGAAAUUACAUACCUCACUUAAAAGUAUUGAACAAAGAUAUUGCAUACUCAAACAACCAUGCCUGUUUUGGAUUUGUUCUCUGCUCAGGUAAAAUAUCUCUUUCUUAACCAGCCAAGUUAACACGCGUAAUACUACUAGGUCAGGCCACGAUGACCCUCGUUAGAAACUUUGACGUGAUGACAACUGUUUUAAAAUGUUUACUCUAUUUUAUAGCAUUACUGCUUUUAUAGUAUUUGUACAAAAUUAGGUUUUUAAGUUAUUGAAGUUCAUAUCCUACUCAUUGGUAGCUUCUCAUAUCAAUAUUGUUUUUUUUUUUUACACCUUGAAUUUGGGAGUGCCCCCAUGUUUCCCAGUACGUAUUCAGCGUUGUUUUUCUUCUUUUAACGCACCAUUGACCUUUAGGACUGCCCCAUGCAGUCUGAUGUGAGAGCAAUGGAAAGUCCCACCGUGUUUUGUCCCUUAAAAUGAUUUUAGAUAGAAACGUGAUUGAUUUUCAAACCUGUUGUUGAUUUGAUGAAACAAUGCUUUAGUCUGUUUCUCAGGGUUUAUGUCUUUAUCAAUACUGCAAGACAAAACCCCUCUGUAUAUGAUUGUAUGAAGAAUGUUCAGUCUUAAUGUACAUUCUAGCCCUGCAGAUGGGUCCAAAUGAUACUCAGCUCUUAAACACAGUAGUACAUGUGCAAGAUGUAUUUAUCACUAUCAAAAGGCAGCUGUCCCAGUAUAUGUGGCUUUUCUUUCAUAUAGGGGCACAUAUUUUGUCCAUGUUCUACCAUCAUUUCUUUGUAGACUGUUUCAUGUGAUUCUUUUUAAAACACGAGUCUGUUUGCAGGCUUUUAGACACAGAA